UUCGUUUUAUUCUCGCCCUCAUCUUAACCUCAUGUCUCAGUCUCUCUAAAUCGUUGCGGGUUAAUAGACACCGUAUUUUUAUUCAAACAAAAGCCGCAUCAGAACGUCAACAGCUUUUGUCCUUUGGGUUUCUUCUAUCGUUCAUCCUUUGGUUUGCAAGAUGUCUCAACCACGAAUUUUAUUCCCUACUGCCGAUCCACAAUUUUUGCAGAAUGACAGUGUCGAAGGGCAUCUUUCGCCGCAACGAAUGUCACUUUUAGGUCACGGUCCGUGGUCUGAGUCCGCUAUAACGGACUUUUUCGACGCGAGCGAUCUUGACAACGGCAAGAGCCUCGUCGAUCCAACCAUGGUUCAAUCAUCCAUACGCUUCCCAUCCACUGAUAUUUAUCAAUACGACUCGUCCAGUUCCACCUCUUCCACCUCUUCUGCACCUUCUGACGAGUCACACAUCGUUAUAUCGCGUCCUCGACGAGUACGUGGGCACAAUUCCAAUCCAUCAUCUCCCACUGUCAAGGCCAGGCACCAUUCGAGUCCUCGCACACACCAAGUGGACAAAAAGGGUGCUCAGCCGCCGGAGUUCAGUGAUGCAUCUGAUGUUGACACGGUGCGGUUGACGCAAGCACCAUUUGACAAUGCUGGCAGUGUAAAGCCCAGGGCACAUACUCGUCAAUUUUCUGCGGAAAUGCGCUCCAGCUCUCUUCCCCAAUUCAACUCACUCGUUGAGUCUCAGUCCGCCACGAACCUAUCCCCACAGACGCGAUUCAUUCGAAAUAAGUCUGGCCAGCCUAUCAAACCAUCGCUCAAGCACGCGAAGCUUCCCAGCCUGACAAUUCCGACGGGCGGCGUGGUCGUGAAGAGUGAGCCCACGACGCCCACCCUUUCGAAGGCGGUGCACUUCGAUGCCAAGCUUGAGCAUGUCAAACUGUUUCUCUCGAAGCAAAAGCCUCUCGCAGUGUCGCGAGAUCGUGACCUAGCCACCGAUACCAGCGGUACAGAGAGUGAUUUACCAUCAUUCGUCCGUGGUUCACCAGACGACUUCACCGAGAAACAGAUUGAGCUUCAAAUUCGCAACAUGCCGUCCACCCCGUCAAAAGAUACGGACGUGGUACUGCAAGGACUCACUUUAUCUCAACACGAUAAGACCAUCACCGGACGCGUUCGAGUGCGCAAUAUUGCAUUCGAAAAAUGGGUUGCUGCCCGGUUCACCCUGGAUUUGUGGCAGACGACGAGCGAAGUUACCGCCCACUAUGUGGAAUCCGUGAACGGUGGCACGUUUGACAUUUUCAUGUUCACGAUAAGGUUGCAUGACAUAUGGUUGCGUAUCGAGGAGAAGACGAUGUUUAUUGCCUUGCGGUAUACUACCGCAGGCACGCAGUUCUGGGAUAACAACAACGGUGCCAAUUACAUGCUUAAGUUCGUCGGGAAGCUUGUGGCGCGCAAGGCACCCGUUUUCGCAGGGUUGUCCAUGGGGGGUUCGGGGCUCAAAAUCGAGUCGGCAAGAGUGGAUACGAAUUCUUCUCAGGCUUCUCCACCGCGCUCUUCCUUGGCAUUGCCAGAAACGCCUAUGCCAGCGAGGUACAAUUUAGGCUCUGCGCGUAACGUAGCUCAAGACGGGGGCCUUCCUUCCCUAUCGUCUCCAGCUGUACGGACCCCCACGUAUCCCACAGAGCUCUCCAGUGCUUGGCCGAAGCAUACUUCUUAUCGCGUCGAUAAGAUGCCGCCACGUCAUACUCGAUCCGUUACUAUAGGAUCAUCUAGGGAUCUGGAGAAGCACGAGCAGGCGCACCUUGCGCAGUCGGAAUCUCUAAACCUCGAUCCUCCCCUUUCACGCGCAGCACGCGAACGCAACCAUCAUCGCGGCUAUUUAGACAGAUCAAUGGGUGGCACACCGCGUAAAACCCUUCCAGGUCCUGCUCUUCUGAGUCCCUUUAAGGAGCAGACUCCUACUCGCAGCAGUGAUCCCGCGCAAGGACAGCCAUCCCUCUUUAGCAGGUUUACUGCUCAGAGUAUGGCUCGGAUGAAUAGCGCGAGCUCCACUGCUUCUGGGUCUGACUCGAGUUCCCUGGCUACUCCGCUUACAUCUGCGGGGCCCAGCACACCCAUUUCUUCCGACGACAAGCCUUCUAUUAAUGACAAUUAUAGCCAAUUUCUUAACCGAUUCUGCUUCUUCACCGGCUCUGGCUCACUGACAGACUAUUCUUCUGAUUCAAUCACCCGUUCGCAAUCGGCAUCCAAUGUAGAAGCGUUGUUGUGUCCUUCUGCUCACGAAUUAUCUUCUCCCUUGCGCGAUACUGCUUUCAAUGGACCCCGCUCUUGUAGCUUGGAUAGCGUCUCUACUUGCCAAAGUGGCCCGACUACUCCACGCGGGAAUUCAAUGCUCGAUUGCCCCACGCCAGUGGUCCACUAACUUAUAAUCCUAUAGAUCAACGACCCUGGUUUUUACACUGCAAUUCAUGACAUCCACGACUCGACAUGAAACGAACUUUAUUUAUUUUGUGGCAGUCAUAUCACAACUUGUACACUAGGGCACUUUCAUAUUUCCUUACACAGGGCUUCCUCGCAUCGUACAGUCAUUUUCUUUUUUCUUGUUUAUCUUUUCAGCUAUCUCAUAUGCU